CUAUUGAUGGCUACGUCGGAUUUUGUGCUGGGCGGCGUGGCUGCCAUGGGAGCCGGUGUCUUUACCAAUCCCGUGGAGGUUAUCAAAACUCGCAUCCAACUGCAGGGAGAGCUGGCCGCCCGAGGAUCCCAUGCUCAGCCCUACAAGAGUGUCUUUCAAGCCUUUGUCACAGUGGCCAAAAAUGAUGGAAUUCUGGGCCUGCAAAAGGGAUUGGCUCCGGCUUUAUGCUUCCAGUUUGUCAUAAACUCCUUUCGAUUAAGUAUUUACACCCAUGCGGUGGAGAAGGGUUGGGUGCACAACAACAGAGGCGAAAUCUCCUUUGCGAAGGGUAUGUUUUGGGGCGCCUUAGGUGGCGUUGUGGGUUCCUACUGUGCCAGUCCCUUCUUCCUGAUCAAGACGCAACUUCAGGCGCAGGCCGCAAAGCAGAUCGCCGUUGGUUAUCAGCAUCAGCACGCCUCGAUGAGCGAUGCGAUAAGGCAGAUAUACCGGAAGAACGGCGUCUUUGGACUCUGGCGGGGAUCCAUGGCCAAUGUGAGCCGUGCUACGGUGGCCUCCGCCGUUCAAAUCGCCACUUUUGGCCAAGCCAAGUCUCUUUUAAAAGAAAAAGGCGUGGUAACUCAUCCAACUGCUCUGUCCUUCUGCUCCGGCCUAGCAGCUGGAUCGUUUGUGUCAGUGGCAAUCACUCCACUGGAUGUGAUCACAACUAGGCUAUAUAAUCAGGGAGUGGAUGCCCAAGGACGUGGGCUUUACUACAAGGGCUGGCUGGACUGUGUGCUUAAGAUCCUGCGAUCGGAGGGGUUGUAUGGGUUGUACAAGGGCUUCUGGCCGAUUUACCUUAGAAGUGCUCCUUACUCCACCUUGGUGCUUUUGUUUUUCGAUGAAUUGAUCGCCCUGCGCGAAAGGUACGAUCUGCACUAGUGACAAAU